AAUGUCACUUGUGUCCUUGGCCUCUCCAAGGGUCCUUUCAUUCAGGGAAAAAUGUUGUUUGCUCAGCCUGAGGAUGCUGGUUUUUCAUUUAGCCGCAAUAUCAAUAGUCAUUUGGCCAGCCUCUUCAUUGUUGGAAACACGAUCCCCACUCCUGACCCCACUGUUAAGGAGGCUUUAUGUGCCCUGGAUAACGUGAAUGCCAGUGUGGAAAAUAAGGGCCAGAUUAAGAUGUACAUCAAUGAAGUGUGUCGGGAAACUGUGUCACAUUGCUGCAACUCAUUUCUGCAGCAGGCCGGAUUAAAUUUGUUAAUAAGCAUGACAGUUAUUAAUAACAUGCUUGCCAAGUCCGUUUCAGACCUGAGGUUUCCUUUGAUAUCAGAGGGAAGUGGAUGUGCUGAGGUUCAGGUUUUGAAACCGUUGAUGGGUUUGUCUGAAAAGCCAGUCUUGGCAGGGGAAUUGUUGGGCCCCCAGAUGCUGCUCUCAUUCAUGUCCCUCUUUAUCAGGAACGGAAAUGGACAGGUUCUCCUGGACACCCUGGCCUCUUAAAUGGCCAUCUCGAACAGAAUGGGACUGAAUCUACCCAAAACCCGUUUGGUGAACACUCACUUGUGUUCUCAUUCAAAGACUCUGCAGUGGGUGCUAUAGAAGAUCCAGCCUUAGCCAAUCACCACACCAUGGGGUGAAAGUUACACUUGCUAAAUCGAGGACCAUGCUCUUAUUGGUGGGGCAGGGGUUCCCACAGAGCUUUGAGUAGCUUCUUGGUUUUGCAGUCUACAGGCAAUGUGCAUUGUAAAUUACUCCCUUACUUCUUCCUGUGGUAAAGGGCUCAUUUCAGCUGCCAGCUGUGGAUAAAGCAUCAUGAAGGAUGCUUGCCUGUGGUGGUCUCCCUGUCUAAGCUGGACUGUUUUGUGGAGACCAGACACAUAUCAGAGCUUAUGCUGAAAAUGCAUUUGUUGCUGCAUAGGUUGAAUUCUUUUUCGUUUACUCUUUCCUCUACACCAGUUGAUGGAUGGUGAACCUAUUCAUCAGAAAAGUGCACUCCCUUUCUAUGUGCUGUACUGACAUAACCUCAUCCACCCAAGUCUACAUUUGUAUGUUUCAUCAAUAAACUUGUGUGCUUCGACUGGCAAAAAUGA